UGAAAUUGGAGGUGGUGCUUAUGAUUCGUGGAGCAUACCCUUAGAACAACAAAUUAGGGGAAUGCCAGAACUUCAACAAGGUUACAAUCUAGUUGGUCUCUCCCAGGGAAAUAUAAUAGGACGAGGCGUGAUUGAGUUGUGUGACAAUGUACCACAAGUGAAGAAUUUCAUAUCAGUAGGCGGUCCUAAUGCCGGUGUUGCUUCAGUUCCUGCUUGCAGUAAUGAGGCUUGGUGUGACGGUAUAAGUUCUGUAUCUGGAAUGGGAGUCUACUCCGACUACGUCCAAACUCACUUGGCUCCUAGCGGCUAUACGAAACUUCCAAAUGAUAUUCCUGGAUAUUUGGAAGGUUGCAGGUUUUUACCAAUAAUCAAUAACGAAAUUCCGGGAGCGAAUAAUACCCUUCACAAGCAGAGAUUCAUUAGCCUGCAAAAUUUGGUUCUCAUAAUGUUCGAAACCGAUGAUAUUGUCAACCCAACUCUGAGUUCAUGGUUCGGAUACUAUCCUGACGGAGACCUCUCCAACGUCUUGCCUCCACAGCAGACAAAUGCUUACAAAGAGGAUUUAUUCGGGUUGAGAACAUUAGAUGAAGCAGGAAAAGUGAAGUUCAUCAAGGUGCCUGGAAAUCACUUGGAAAUAACCAUUCCCGAAAUGCAGCAGUAUGUGGUUCCAUACUUGCUUGAUUCUGCCGCCCCUUGACUCCCACUCCGACUACUUUUAGAUGAAGCCUUAGCUUUUUAGCUAGUGCAAUUGCGGCUUUUGAUUAAAAAAAUCACUAGCACUACAAUUAAUAAGUUUGUUAAUUAGGAUCUUGUUUUAUUUUUUAUGACUACCUGUAGCACCG